AGAUGGCCGAGCGAAAUCUCAUCGCAUACCAAUAGCCAAACGGAAUAAAACGGUUGUGGAGCGGAAUAUUUAGUUCCUGAGCGUUGGAAUUAAAUAUUUAAUGAAGGACACGUUAUAUUCCUCACCUUCACCUCCCGGCCUGGGGAUUUGAUAGUGAAAUAUUCGACGUGUGCGGCGGUGCGGAGUGAGGCACCGACGCCCCCUUCCCCUCCCUCACUCCGCGCCUCCGCCGCUCGGCCCACUCUCAUCGGCGACAUGGCGGCCGCAGCAUGUUCGCUGUACCGGUCGGUCACCCACGUUAUUUUCGACAUGGACGGGCUGCUGUUGGACACGGAGAAGCUGUACACAGUAGCUUUUGAAGAAGUGUGUUCCCAUUAUAGCAAGAAGUUUACAUGGGAGUUGAAGAGUGUAUUGAUGGGAAUGCGUGCCGCAGAUGGAGUCAAACUUAUUUGCGAGAAACUGGAACUUCCGAUUACUCCUGAACAGUUGAUGGAAGAACUUAGAGUUGUAGAGAGAAGACUAUUUCCUUCAGCAAAGCUGAUGCCAGGUGCGGAGAAGUUGGUCUGCCACCUCGCCAAGCACUGCGUACCGAUGGCAGUGGGUACCAGCUCAAUGAAGGCAAUGCUUGACUUAAAGACAACCAAUCACAAGAAGUUCUUCAGCUCAUUCCACCAUGUUAUAGAUGGUGAUCACCCUGAUGUGAAGAAGAGCAAGCCUGCUCCUGAUACCUUCUUGGUCUGUGCUCAGAAAUUUGAACCUCCACCAAAUGUUACAGACUGCCUUGUGUUUGAAGAUUCUGUGAACGGAGUGAAAGCAGCGUUGGCCGCAGGAAUGCAGGUGAUCCAAGUUCCUGACCCACAACUGGACCCGGAGCUAACAAAGGCAGCUACCUUGGUGAUCAAGUCACUAGAAGAUUUUAAACCGGAAUUGUUUGGUUUGCCUGCAUAUGAUUAGAGUCUUUAAGCCAGUUUCCAGGCACAGAAUUGGGUUCUUUCUUUUCUUCUGUCUCUUGAUCGCGAAAGACCAUCUGUGUAUUCUGUUCCAUUGAAUACUGCCACCUUACAUUUACAAAACCCAGCUGAAAGUAAAAGCUGUAUUCAGACCCCCAACAGUGAACUGAAGAUGAUCUCUGCAUCUCCAGUGGGAUCCAAGCCUUUAUCCCACUCUGGUUCCUAUAAAACAGAAGCAGCCAAUUCAUUUUGGUGGGGAAGCUAUCAUAACUCUGGAGCUGUGGUUGUAGAUUAAAAGAGUUAAAUAGGACAGGAUAGAAGUUCAGCCCACAAUGUUGUGCUAACCUCUAUAAACCCACUCCAUGAUCAAUUUAACCCUUUCCUCCUACACUGGCCCUAAACCUCCAUUUUUCCUAGAUAGAGUUAUGGAGUUUUACAGCACAGGGAUAGGUCAUUCAGCCCAUCUAUUAUCUGCCUAGUCCCAUUGUCUUGCACCUGGACCUCAAUUUCUUGAUCAGUAAGGGCCUCAGAGGGCAGGAGAAUGGGGUUGAGAGGGCUAAUAAAACAGUCGUGACAGAAUGGUGGAGCAGACUCGAUGGUCUGAGUGGCCUAGUUCUGCUCCUAGGCCUUAUGGUCUCCAUACCCUUCCCAUCCAUGCACCUUUCUGUUAGCUAGUCACAUGUCCUUCACCCCUGCUGGCGACUAGGCCACCAACGGCAGCCUGCCAGAGUCCUGUCUUGGACCAGUCUUUCAAGUUGUCCCCCAGGUGUUCCAUGUUCCAAUGGUGAUGGCUCUGGAUGAUAGAAGGUUGAUCAGCCCCAUGGCUUCCACGGACUUGCGGCUUUCAUCAUAAGACUUCAUGUGUCUUUGAGGCAAAGUCCUUCCUGUCACAAGGAUGAGAUCCCUGGCAGCUUCCCUUGGUGCUUCCACUGGCAAUAAAUCAUACAGUCACCUACUUUGUUGCAUUUAGAUCAUAAGGUACAAAGAUCCCUAUUGGUUAUCCUGGGACAUCCGUAAUUGGUAUUCCUGGAUAGCCAUUAAGCUGAAGAGUCAUCACCCACUUUGGACCUGCAAGUAAUCAGGACUGGGACGUCAUCAGAGAGUGCAGGGUUCUCCUUCAGUGCAUUGGCCAGAGUAGAUCGACUAUCCACAGUAAAAUUAAUUGGCCUUAGAAGAAUUUGUUUUGCAAUACUUCUGUUCAUGAAUUGAAAGUAAUGCCUUUUGCUGCUCUGGCCCUUCCAUUUUUAGCUGUGUCUGACUGUGUUAAAUUCUGCCUAGUAGAGCACUAAUGGUGAGUGUGUUCUGUCGAUUCGUUAAUGUUUUGUUUGUGAUAGUUCACUCAUACCUUUAAAUCUGAUUGAAAGGGUCAUCUUGAUGAAGGUCCUCACCUGAAAUGUCACCUUCUCAUUCUUCUCCACAGAUGCUGCCUGACCUGCUGUGUUCCUCCAGUACUUUUGUUUUAUUGGAAGUUAAAAUGUUCUGUGAGACUGAUUACUUGUUAAUAGUGAGGGCACCAUGGUAGUGUUGUGGUUAGCGUGACAUUAUUACAGCUCAUUGCGUUGGAGUUUGGAGUUCAGUUCUGGCGCCAUCUGUAAGGUGUUUGUACAUUCUCCCCGUGAACCUGGUGGGUUUCCUCCCACAGUCUAAAAGCUACGGUUAGUAGGUUAAUUGGUCAUUGUAAAUUGUCCUGCUAAAUAGGUGGAUUGUUGGGCUGUGCAGCUCGUUUGGGCUGGAAAGGUCUGUUCCAUGCUGUAUCUCUAAAUAAAGUAAAAUAAAGAUAACAGCACAUGAUAAUCAAUGCUCAUCUAAGAGCAGAGAUUUUCUAAAGUAGUAUAGAGAUCGAUCAGUUAUCUCACGGUUAUCAGAGUAAGGGAUGGUGCAAGUCACAGGCACGUUGUUUUAUCAACGUUGCAAGAUCAAAUACUUUUCAAGUGGUUACGAACAGUUGUGUCAUUGUUUUUUCUCUCUUGUGUGUGCCCUUCCAGGGCCUCCUGCUGCCUUGGUGACAUGUUAUGGAAACAGCAAGUGCUGGAGAAGUCAGCAGGUGAGGCAGCAACCCUGCAGAGAAACAAUUCAGGUCGAUAAUCUUCCAUCAGAAGCCCUGACUCGCUGAAUGUCUACAGCAUUUACUGUUUCUAUUUCAAGUUUCCGGCACCUGCGCUUUGUUGUUUGUGACGUGUUUAGUGCAGUUUGACGGGGCCAGGGCACUCUGCAGAGUGGUUGUAGAGCAGAUUACUCAUGGGGAGAAUAAAGCUAUGCUUAUGUUAUUCACAGUAACAAAAUGCUGGAGGGAUUCAGCUGAUCAUGAAAAUGAAUAAAGAGUAGGUGUUUUGGGCCAAGACCCUUCAUCAGGACUGAAAAGGAAGGGGAAAGAAGCCAGAUUAAGAAGGUGGGAGGAGGAGGAGAUGGGCUGAAGUAAGAAGCUGGGAGGUGAUAGGUGGAAAAGGUAAAGGGCUGGAGAAAAAGGAAACAGAUUUAUUUACUUAUUUAUUUAUUGAGAUACAGCAGUGAAUAGGCCCUUUCAGCUCUUCAAGCCACACCGCCCAGCAAUCUCUCGAUUUACUCCUAGCCUAAUCACGGGACAACCUACAGUGACAAAUUAGCCUACCAACCAGUACAUGUUUGCACUGUGGGAGGAAACCGGAGCAGCUGGAUGAGAACGUACAAACUCCUUACAGUCAGUUGCAGAAAUUGAACCUGUUCUGUAAAGUGCAAUGUUAGCCACUACGCUUCCAUGCCACCUGAUAGGAGAGGAGAUUGGACCAUUGGGUGAUAUCCAUAUUUUUAAUGAAUAUAUUAUCAUAUUUCCCUUUGUGACUUCAUUGCUGUAAAAAACCCAACUCAUUGACUUAAAUAAAAGUUUUUAAAAACUGCAGAUGCUGGGCAACUGAAAUAAAACUGAAGUGCUGGAAAUACUCGACGGGUCGGACAGCAUCUGUGGCACGAGAAACAGUUCAUGUUUCAGCAGAAGUUCUGUUUCUUUUUCCCUAUGGGGUCAGAAGGUUGAGUGAAAAAUACCUCAAAAUAUAUCACUCAAGUGAUGAAGAGAAAAUAUGCACUGUAUGUGAAUUUUUUCACUGAAUCUUGAAUGUGGACAGGUUGCACUUGCAAAUAAGUACUCAGGGCAACUCCCAGUACAUAUGGACCUAUUGCUGUUUACUUGUCCAAUGCUGCUAUAUUAUAAAAACACCCAUUUUCUGUUAUGAAUAGAUCAUUAUAACGGACAAAACAUUUAUUUUCACUAAUAUUUGAGAAGUAAACCUAACUCUUAGGGAUGUUCAGGUACAAGGACGCAGUACAGUAGGUGGUAAGCAGCCAGGGAAGGUUGCUCAGAAUUCGAGGCUCAUCACUCCAAAGACCCUCAGUCUGAGCAGCACAGAUAUUACUGGAUUGCAAACUCUCCGUCUAUUCUAUCUAUUUACGAUUAUGAAAUUAACUGUUUAAAAUGUUAAUGUUCUAAAGGUUAUAAAUUAUGGAAUUUAUUAGUAACUAUUACAGUUAUCUUAACUUGUGGCAAUGUCCUGUGUCAUAAAUACCAAUGGAUUAAAUCCAUUACACCGUUUUGAGAUGCUUUCAGACAACAGUUCUUUUACACAUUUUCUCUCAAUUUGUUAUAUCUUUUUGUAUCUCUGCCUGUGAAGACAGUUAUUUGGUACAAUCCAUUAAUAAUUAAAUAUGACAAUGCCUUUAA